UUAUAAUAUAUGAAUUUUAUUAUACAUAUCUUGUCAAAUCGGUUAGUGGUUAUUCCUUAAUAAAUCUGACUUUUCGCACCCAACAAAAACGUAAAACUAAAUCCAGUAAAAAUCCGGAUUUCGCACCUUUUCAUUGUUUAGAGAUUAAAAUGAAGGGCAAAGUAAAGAGCUAGCCCUAUAUUAUUGAAAUUUGUUAUGAUUGCAGAACGCUUAGAAAACCCGAUGCUAUCCAUCUACCUGCAUGAUCUGCUACAUAAGCCGCUCGCUUACUGAAGGUAGCGUCAGUUCAAUUCAUACUGCAGUUAUAGUGCGCUUCACAAGCUUAAUGAAUAAAUAUUAAAUUCAAAGAAAAAAAUUCUAAAAAUCUAAAGACUAAAUAAUAAAAUUCAAAGAAAAAAAUUCUUAAAUUAAAAAAAUGUCAACGCAGUGUCGCUUUGAACGAUGCGGGUGGUCCGGUUCUGUGAACGAUAUUUUUUCGCACUGCGAAGCCGUACACCCGAAGUAUAUACGUGAACAUAAGGGCAAAAAUUACUAUGACUUCGAUUUCGAUGACAUCUCGACAGAUGCAUUUCUGCUCUGCGGUCCGAGUGGCGUCUACUGGUUCUGCACGUGUGAAAGUGCAAAUACUCCAGAAGAAAUAAAUCGCGGCGUCUUUCAUAUAGGAGAUUCAGAGCCGAUCACUUACACCAUUAAGUUUGGACUCAAUCGUGACGGGCUUGCCGAAUAUCUCGGACCAUUUACAUCGCAUAGUGCAGAGACCUCUCAAACCUACGAUGUGGAAUUGGCUUACGAUUACAUACAGUAUCUCUGUGAAGAGAUAGAUUCGCGUAAGAUGCGUUUGUAUGUUGGUGAAUUUGAUGAUAGCGAAGAUGUGUUCGCGCCGACGUGGGAGGAUCUCACCUUUAACGAGGAGGAUGAGGAAUUGAAUAAAGAAUGCGUUGAGCAUUUCACAUGUGUCGUAUGUUAUGAGUUUAUUAAACGCGACAUACGUUUCUGCGAGAAUACACAUUAUGUGUGUCUGAAAUGUUUUGAGGGCAUGCAGGAACGCGGCAAAUUGCGUUGUCCUAUAUGUCGCACCGACUAUCCAUAUGAUUGUAGUGAUCCGGAUCUGGAACGGUUUUUGCGCAUGGUCAGAUUUCCCGAUUAUGUAAGACAACAACGUGGGGAUGAGGAACACGAGAAUGCAGCAGGUCCAGAAGAGAAGAGGCCACGCGUUGAAGGAUAAUGCUUCAGAAACAGAAGCAUAAUAUAAAAACGAGAGAGUUGCCUUUACCUUUAUUAAUUUAUAUAUAAUUUAAAUUAUUACCUUUGACGUAACUUAAAAUAAUAAAACAAUUAUUUAUUGAC